GAGAUACAUUUCACCAUACAUGCAAAGUUUGUUGGUAGUUGAUAUCUGGGCUCCUCGAGGCAAGCAGCAAGCAACUUCUCAAGCACUACUUACUUACGGCUAGUCAAAGUUUCGCAAAGUUCCACAAGACGCCACUUGCUACUUACAUCAUCGCACACCCCGCCUCUCAACUUACCUACCCGAUCAAUCCUGGCUACCCUCCUGCGUUCAGUUUGGUCCUUGGCAAGGCUGCCAUUCCGACGGGAAUCUUUUAUGCCUGCCAUGGCUUCUGAUCAAACGGCACCAACGUCGGCUGCAGCUCCCGCUGCUGAACCAGCCAAGCUACCGGAUGCCCAACCGUCUGAAGCUUCCAAUGAGCUGCCUGAAGUCUUGACGACACCUACAGGCGACAUGUGGCCAAGGCCGUACUUCUUCGAGGAUGGUCUCCGCAGAGUUGCUCCUUAUCACUUCACCUACCACACCUGGGCCAAGCAACGCUGGCGCGGCCGGAAGCUAAUCGAUAUUUUUGAGGACGAAUUCAGGGACCGCACCCUAGAGUACUACCGUUAUGCCAUGGAAACCGGAGCCAUUGUUGUCAACGGAAAGGCAGUCGGCCCGGAUCAUCUGGUCAAGAAUGGCGACCUUGUGAAUCACACAAUUCAUCGUCAUGAGCCACCUGUUACGGGCGAACCAAUUCGUGUUAUUCACGAAGAUGAUGAAAUGAUCGUUGUCAAUAAGCCAUCAGGUGUACCGGUACAUCCUGCUGGCAGAUACAAGUACAACACACUUAUCGAGAUCAUGAAGUCUGAGCGAGGCGAGCAUUUCCUACCUUAUCCAUGUCAUCGCCUGGACCGCCUUACCAGUGGAAUACUUUUCGUUGCCAAGACACCACCGGCUGCAGUGAAGCUCACUGCUCAAAUCAGAGCUCACACGGUCCGCAAAGAAUAUUUGGCGCGCGUUGCUGGCAAGUUUCCAGAUGGCGAGAUUGUCUGCGAUCAACCUAUCCUCCAAAUAUCCCCACGACUAGGCCUCAACCGCGUGCGCGCCAACGGAAAGUCGGCCCGUACCGUCUUCAAACGUCUGGCCUACUACCCGCCGGACACUCUGAAUGACUCGGAGGCAGCACAGCCCAAGAGUGCGGAACGACUUGCGGACGAGGAACGCCGGCCUUGGAUCAAGAAAGAGGGCUACUCAAUCGUUCGCUGCCUGCCUUUGACGGGCAGGACGCAUCAGAUUCGCGUGCAUCUACAAUUUGUUGGACAUCCCAUUGAAAAUGACCCCUUGUAUGCGAACCAGCGAGUUUGGGGUAUUAACUUGGGAUGCAACGACUCGGAAGCAGUUGAGAACACGGACGAAGAUAUCAUGUCGCGCCUGGAAAGGAUGGGCAAACAAGAUAUCGCCGAUGCUGUGGCCUAUCACGACGAAUUGGUGGACCUGUACCAGAAGAGGAGGGCCGAAAAGCUAUCAGGAGAGCUUUGCAAGGUCUGCGAUACGCCGCUCUACACGGACCCCGGCGAGCACGAACUUUCGCUCUGGCUUCACAGCCUCCGAUACGAAGAUGCUGGAGGGGCUUGGAGCUACACCAGUCCGAUGCCCGCGUGGGCCCUUCCUCCGGACGGCAUUAACGGACCAACGGAGGUCGGGGGACUGGAGGAGUUGGUGGGGGCAGUACCAGACGCAGACCCAGCGGUAGAAGCAGUCCCUGAAAGUGCCGCCUGAGAAUAUGUACGGCGAAAGCAAACAUACCAGCAUACCUACUACGUACUUCACCACGGUCCCGGACGGACCGAUUGACUGACUCCACUGAUCCAGUUCUCUGUUGGAUUUGGGACGAUUUGAUACCCCGGGUUGAGGCAUUUACGACCAGACUUUUUUCGCAACAACAGAUACAGAUACGAAUAGAAAGCUCUGCUUGAGCCUGCCUGCACUCCUGCUGCAUUGUACAGGGGCAGCGCCAAACAUGGCCCAAUAUCAUUUUUCUUUCGUCAGAGA